UUAUUAAUACUACAUUUUAUGAAAAAUUGGAGACUGCAAAAAAUUAACCAAUCUGCAUUUGAAAAAACUGGAGCUAUCCCACGAUCUAUUACUAGAACCUUUGAAAAAUUUAAGAAAGAACUUGAUCCUAAUUCUGAAGCUGAACUUAUUGAACAGUUUAAAGUAUCUCGUUAUCAAACUGUUGUUUCAAUUAAAUAUCUAAUUUUAUUAAUUGCAGCACCUGUUAUUGUUAAUCAAAUUGCUAAGAAUUUUAUUUUUGGCCCUUUCAUUAAUUAUUUUUGGAAUAUAAAGCAACCAGGUAUAUUUUUAAAUCCUUCACAAGAAGAAAGAGCUUUUGCAGAACUUCAGAGAAUUGAAGAAAAAAUUCAUUUCGAAAGCUUAAUUGGUCAAACAAAAGAUUUUUCAAAUGAAAAUAUUGAACAACAAAUUAAAAAAAGAGCAAUUGAACUUGCUGAAUCUUAUUCAGAGGAGAGUGCUAAUGCUAUAAAAAAUAUUCUUGCUGAUAUUUCUUCUGUUAUUGCAAUUGCAAUUUUAAUGAUUUUGGGCAGAAGACAAAUUACAAUUUUAAAAUCAUUUUUAGAUGAAUUAGUUUACGGCUUAAGUGAUACAGCAAAAGCUUUCUUAAUUAUUUUAUUUACGGAUAUUUUUGUAGGUUUUCAUUCACCCCAUGGCUGGGAAGUUAUUAUUGAAGCUAUUCUACGUCAUUUUGGUUUACCAGAAAAUAGAGAUUUUAUUUUUCUUUUUAUUGCUACUUUUCCUGUUUUGCUUGAUACAGUCUUUAAAUAUUGGAUUUUCCGUUAUCUGAAUCGAGUUUCUCCAUCUGCUGUUGCCACUUAUCGCAAUAUGAAUGAGUAAUGUAAGUCAAGAUUUUUAUCCAAAUUGUUUUUAUGCAAUUAAGAAUAAAUAAAGUAAAAAAAAUUGAAUUAAU